AUGACACAUCUUUUAGGUCGUCAGGACUGUAUCGACAGUCUGCGUAGAGAUCUUAUUGAUUUACAGGGAGCGGUUCUGGAUGUUUUCUCCAAGACUGGACCCGUCCGCUUCCCAUCAUGGAAAUUCCCUGAUAAACUGUCAUGUAAUCUGGAUUUGGUGAACCUUUUACAGGAGUAUGAUUAUGUGGAUGGCGAGGAGGAAUUCAGUCAGCACUCCCACAUAGUUUUGCUAGAGUUAGUGAUUGACAGGCUGAUGCUUCUACUUCAGAGUUUUAAUGUUCAUGCUGAGCUGUUGCUUGAGCAGAGAGCUUUAUCAUCUGGUCAGAAUGGAGCCUCUGUUUCCAUCGGUCCUGUGGUCAAACGCUACUGGAACAACCUGCUUCAGCUCAGUAAUGAGGCAGUACAAGGGCACUCUCUGUCCACUAAGUCCCCAGUCAGUUCAUCCAUGACCAGUGUCCAUAAAUCCACAUCAAGCACCACAGCUACCACUUCCCAUAACAGGAGAGUGUCCACUGCAGGUUCCUGUGUGGCUUUCGUCUCUCCGUCUACCUGCAAUGUGAGCUGCCAGACAGCAGAGUCAGCACUGGUGCCCUGUGAGGCAUGUGCUUGUGUGCAGGCGAGUAUGAAAGAGACAGGUGAUGCUGUUGUGUCUCUGUGCCAGUCUCUAGGCCUGCCUUGCUCCCUCCAGCAUCUCAUUGAAGCAGUGGAGGAAACACUACAGCUGGGACGCUUGUCUGCAUGUGACAUUUCUCAGUGGUCAAGUGAACAGCGCAAGGAUAUGAGUCGAGCGGGGAAACACGUCCUGGAGGUGAGAGAAACCUUGGAGCCACUGAGGAAGAAACUAAAAGAGACCGAGGUUGAGCUAGAGAAGCUGAGAAAACAGCUAACACAGACAGUUCAUAGAGAGAAGGAGGAGAGGAGGAGAAUGGAGGAGGAAUGGGAGCGCAGAAUGCAGGAGCUGAAGGCCACAGGAGAGAAAGCAGUACGAAGACUAAAUGAGGAGCAGAAGGAGAUAAAGAAAGGUGUGACAUUGUUAGAGGACACAAAUACUGACUUGGCAGCAGAGCUGAAGUUGCAGACAGAAGCAAAACAGAGUCUUGAAUCUGAGAGGGCCUUACUACAGGAGGAAGUCCAUCAGUUGUAUUCACUGGAGAUCACUUUAAAAGAGGUGGAGGAGAGGAGGCUAAACCUGGAAAAGGAGCUCAGAAGUACACAGGCACUGCUGGACAAAGAGAAAGCAAAGUUCCACAGUGUGCAACGCCAGUAUGAGGCGCUGCAGGUAAAACAGCAUGCUCUAUGUAAGCAUUUGGAUGUGUUGGUUCAGCAAACUGAGGAUGUACAGAGCAGUCUGGAAGAAUGUGAGGAUGAGAGAGCUGAGCUUACAGAAAAACUUGCAAAUAUCACACAAGAAAGGGACACACUUCAGGAGCAACUCACAAAGCAACAAUCCCAGUGUAGAAAGCUGUGUAUAGAGAAAGAAAGGCAGCAAAAACAAAUGACAGAACUACAGGAGAGUGUAUCUCACCUGAAAGAGAUGUUAGAGCAAGCUGACCAGAGAGAGAGGAUAUUGGUAGCAUUUCCUGAGCUGAACCCUCAUCCACAAGCAACAACUCAAAGUGAGAUAUCAACACACACACACACACACACACACACACACACACACACACACACACACACACACACACACACACACACACACACGUAGUGUUUCCAUGUUUUAUGGGGACUUUCCAUAGACAUAAUGGUUUUUAU